CCCCAACCCCAGAGCCGCAACGAAACCAAACCACCCGAACCCGAGUCGACCGCUUCGAGAAGCGUCGCCACCAAGGCACCCAGACCCCCCAGACCUCCUCCUCCCGGGAAUCGGAACCGCGUCCCAUUCGUCGCUCCCCUGAUCCAUCCGGCGACGCGGCGGAGCAAGGAAGGAACCAAGGCUCGAGCAGCGGGCGGCCGGAGAGAUGGCGGAGAACCCGCAGCUGUUCGGGAACGGGAUGCCCGUGCCCUUCCACGGCGAGAUGUUCGUCCUCGCCCGCGACGGCGUCGAGUUCCACGUCGACAAGAUCCCCUCGGCGCCCGGCGGUCACGCAAAAACAAAGGGCACCAUAUACCUUUCUAACAUAAGGAUGGUGUUUGUCGCCGCCAAGCCUGUUGGGAACUUCUUUGCCUUUGAUAUGCCUCUGCUGUACGUGCACGGUGAGAAGUUCAACCAACCGAUAUUUCACUGCAACAAUAUUUCUGGAUUCGUUGAGCCGGUUGUUCCAGAAAGCCAGAACAGGGCUCUGUACUCGACCCACACCUUCAAGAUCUUGUUCAAGGAAGGUGGAUGUGGUACCUUUGUGCCACUCUUCCUGAACCUGAUCACAUCAGUGCGGCGCUACAAUCAGUUUGAAGCCCAGCCCGCUACUGUGCCCCGUGUGGACCCCAUGCAGGCAGCGCAAACUCCUGUCGACGACAUGAUGCGCCAUGCGUACGUCGAUCCACAUGAUCCUACCAAGAUCUUCCUCCAGCAGCCCGCAGCGGAAUCCCAGCUGAGGAGGAGAAACUACCACGGCCCCGCUGAGAAUGUGUACUGAUGCUUUGGCCUGAUUGCAAAGUGCAUGUGUUUUCGGUGAUCUAUGUGGCGCACACGAGCAAUAUAUCUGUUUGGUGUCAGGAUGUGAUGGAAGUAUAGUAGUAUGAUUGUGUGUUCCACUGUUGGAUUCAAUCCAGAUCUAAGUAUAAUAAUGUACAUACAAGGUGAUGUGCUGGAUUAUAUGUUGCUGAUCUCGUCGUAUAGAGUUAUAAAACUGGUCUGAAUGCUGAGUGAA